AUGGGCAUUUCACAAUUUUUCAGACGUUUGAACUGCUUUGCUUCUGCUCAAAGAAACCAAAAGUCGAAGAGACAAAUGGAAAAAGAACUCUCAAGCAUGCAAGAGUUGAUCAGAAUACUUGAACAAGAUAUCCAGAUCACAAGGAAUACUGUUGAGUUGUUCAAGCAGCGACAAAAAGUAGUGGAGGAGAAAGAAAAGAUGAGAAGAGACACCAGAUACAAUCUGAUGGCUCAAGUCGAGGAGAUUGAGAGUGAACUGGGACAAGCAUUGGAAGAGCGCAAGGAGCUGAUGUCACUUAUUAUUGAGUGCGGAAUUCGAAAAACAGCCCUGGAAAAAGAUGUUCAAGCGAUGGAAAAGAAGGCGGAGUUUUUCUGGGAAGAUCUGUAUGAUCCAUUUCCAGUUUCCAAAACGAGCGCCAAAACAUGGCAGGAGAAUCUGCGUCCUGUGCGUUCAACGAGCGACCUGAACAAGGCGGUGCUUAAGCCACCCCUGUGUUUUGCACAGGACGCAGAUGAUCUCCAAGUGUGGGAUGUACCUUAUGAUGCGAGUGACGACGAACUCUUUGCAGAAAGACUCAGAAAUGAAGUUUUAAUCACAAAAAGCAAAGAAACCUUCGUUUAAAAGGAAACAUUAUGAAAAGCGAAUCUGUUGAAGUUGUAAAUGAAGCUUUUAAAUUUGACAAUGUCCUUUGGACAUUUCUUUCGGUUGGCCUGUACAUUUGAGAUAAAGCAUCACCCUUAUUGAAAGGAAAAUAAACUGAUUUCAAAAGCAAA